AUGGCAGAGCGAAAGGAAAAACAUGGAAUUGUCUUCAAAACAUUUGGAAAGGCUUCAGGUGGAGAUAAACAGUCUGACACUGUUGUAGACAAAAAUGAUGUACCAGAACUUGUACCAAAGGAGGAAGAGGAACAGGAGAUCUGCAAUGUCCAAAAUAAUAAGGAUAUAACAGGAGAGGAUGCACAGGAAAAAGACUUAACACAAGAAUGUGAAGGUGCGCUUGACUUGAGAGUUUUUCACAAUGAGGACAUCAAAACAGAGGAUAAUGAAAAGGACGGAGCCUUAAUACAAGAGGAGGAAGACUUAAAAGAGGAAGUUGCACAGGAGACGACAGAUGCACAGCCAGAGGAAGAUGUCCAAAAAGAAGACAGUGACAGCUGGAGUGACAAUGAAGAUGAUGACACUUAUGACAAAGAAGAAGAAUUCUUUAUACAGAGUCUUCCAGCACCACCUUCAUUUUUUUUUGUUCCUCGCAAUGCUUGGACAAAACUACGGAAAACUCAAAAGAAGGACCACUUCAAGGGACUGCAGUGGACUAACAUAAUUUCAGCCGGUAUACGCAAAAUCCAUCCACAUUGCAGUUUUGCAUUUUUAGGACACAGGGUCAAGGUUCGUGGAUCAAAAAGGAAUGCACCUCUUUUUAAAUGCUCUGCACAUUGCUUGUUCAGUGACUGCCCAGUGGAAGCUGAUGUUAUUGUGCACAGUGAGACCACACUUAAAGCACACGUGUACUUCAGAGGUGAAACAGCAGUGCAUAGUAAAACAGAGCUGCAAAGGCGACCUGUUAGAGCAGACAAACAAAAAAUAAUAUACCAGUGUUCUUAA